AAGUGCAAGGUUUUGUUAUACGUGUUGGCGUAGGAGGGAAAGAGGGGCCAAGAAAAUAAUCCAAGGAAACAUCAUUGCUCUGGUUGCCAUCUCCACUUGCAGUUACCCUACCGCCUCAGCCUUCCAAGCUUCUUUCUGCCUCGUCGGAUUUUAUUGUGAGAAUCCAACCGACAAUAGACGUGUCUUAAACCUUCACGCAUACUUCCGCUACGUUCCCCAAACUUCGAUAUUCGCUCGUUAAAUACACUCCGUGAACCCGACACAGAAUCUCCCUUUAAGUACACCACAAUGGCUGGUCGUGGCGGCGGCGGUGGGCGCAAGAUCUUGCUCCCACCCAUCAAUUUCAUCUUCAAGCUACUCCAGACACACGCGACCGUUAAGAUCUGGCUGUACGAGCAAUUGUCAAUCCGAAUCGAGGGCAAAAUUAGAGGAUUUGACGAGUUCAUGAAUCUUGUUAUUGAUGAUGCGGUCGAGGUCAAGCAGAUUACGAAGACAAACUCAGAGGAGAAACGAAGACCGUUAGGGCAAAUCCUGUUGAAGGGAGACAAUGUGUCGUUGAUCCAGGAAGCCGUAUGAAAGGAUUCAGG